AUGUAUGCGCUCACUUUAACAGCGGAAUUAAACGGGGUUACCAACCUCCGACCCAAGGACACUGCUGAAAGUCCGUUUUGGUAUACCUUCACGGUCCAGUGUACCUCGUGUCGGGAGACCCACGGGAAGCCAGUCGCUGUUAGCAGAUUUGAGACCAACGAGUUAAGCGGAAGUAGGGGAGAGGCGAACUUCGUAUGGAAGUGCAAGAAUUGCAAGCGAGAAUCCUCUUGCUCGAUCAAGACGGCGCCUAAGCCCUACGCGCAAGGCGAGCCGCCUAAGCAGCAGUCCGUCAUCGAGUUCGACUGCCGCGGGUUGGAGUUUACGGAUUUCAGUCCCGAGGGGGAAUGGCUGGCGGAUGGCAUCGAGUCGAAUACAAAGUUCGAGGGAGUUGAGCUGCAGGAUGGUGAGUGGUACGAGUAUGAUGAGAAGGCCGGAGAUGAAGUUAGUAUUAAGGAUUUGAAGUGGGAGAUUAAGAGAGCUUGA